AUGGGGGCGGGCCUGGACGCCUGCCCGGCCGUCCCCAUGUGACUGGCCGAGGACGACCUGGGCUGCAUCAUCUGUCACGAGCUGCUGGCCCGGCCCGCCACGCUCUCCUGCGGCCACAGCUUCUGUCACAACUGCCUGAUGGGUCUGUGGGGCGCAGGGCGCCACGGGUCCUGCCCCACCUGCCGCGAGGGCGCCGAGCGGCCGCUGCAGCUGCGGAAGAACACGAUGGUGCAGGACCUGGAGGACAAGUACAGUCGGGAGGCACGCGAGCUGGAGGGCCCGAACCCAGCGCCCGGGCCCCCGCGCCGCACAGCGCAGCUGCCGGCGGUGGCGCAGAAGAGCAUCACAGAAGUUGGCUGGGGGCUCGCAGAGCUGGUGGAACGGCUUAUAGAUACUGUCAGGAGCCUUCAGAGUCAGAGACAUCUCCCAGAAUCUGAACCAGACAAUGAAAUGAGCAUCCUGGCUGUGGCUUUGUCAGAUGGGGUAGACUUUUCCUUGGCUUCUCCAAAACUAGUGACUUCCAACACACCUGAGGGGAAAAUGAGAGAUCUCCAUGACCUAGAAGAGAUCCAGGAAAAAUUACAAGAAAACUUCAUGUGGAAAGAGGCCCUUGAAGAACAAAUGCAGGUUGAACUCCCAGAAGCUCUGUCUUCCUCCUCAUGCCCACUGCCUGACCAGAGCCACCUGGCACCCAAGAGGGCUUCCUCGUUCGCUCAAUGGGUCAUCAAUCCAACCUUUGACCUAGGGAGCCUCUCCUGUAGCCUGGAGGUGUCCAAGGACACUGUAUCUCACCGCCCACAGCCCUAUCCCUGGAGUCAUGAGAGGUUUGCCUCCUGCCAGGCCUUAUGUUCCCAGGCUCUCUCUUCUGGGCAGCAGUACUGGGAAGUGGACACUCAGCGAUGUAGCCACUGGGCAGUUGGGGUGGCUUCCUGGGGGAUGAGGCGUGACCAGAUCCUGGGAAGGACCAGGGACUCCUGGUAUGUAGAGUGGAAAGGGACUAGCCAGCUCUCUGCAUGGGACAUGGUCAAGAAAACUGUCCUUGGCUCAAACAGACCUAGUGUGGUGGGCAUCUGGCUGGACCUUGAGGAGGGAAAGCUUGCCUUCUAUUCCGUGGCUGAUCAGGUGAAGCUCGUCUCUGAGUGCCCAGUCUCUGCUGCGUUUCCUCUGCACCCUGUCUGGCUGUAUGGCUUAUUCCCUGGAAGCUCUCUGACUAUGAGGCAAAUAAACGUAUAAACAUUCCCUUGGUGUUAAACCUUGUUGAUUUCCUGGUCUCUCUGCCUUCAAGCAGGGAGUCAACUUGACUCAAGUUAACAUCCCGCUUCCAAAGUUAAGGGAUGCAAAGUAAAUGUUUAACCCAGCAGGCUUGCAUUGUUCAAACCCUGCGCGGACCGGUUACAAGAAAGGACAGGCUCUUGAGUGGGAGAUAGUAUCUAAGCCCUUGGAAUAUCCUGCCUGAUAAGAAUGUGUUUAUCUGAGGGCCUUGGGCCACACAGUAUCAGCUUGAUUUCUGGAAGGGCUGGAAACUAAGGUCAGCCACUUGGGCGGUGAGUCUGCCUGCAUGACCGACCGCCAGUCAAAGCCUUGGGCACCAAGACUUGAAUGUGCUUCCCUGGUUGGCAGUAUUCCGUGUGUGUUGUCAUACGUCAUCCUGGGAGAAUUAAACAUUGUCCCCAUAACUCCACUGAGAGAGGAGUGAGUGGGCUCUCUUGGCCUCUGCCCUAUGUGCCUUUUUCUGUUGCUGGUUUUAACCUGUAUCCUUUCACUGUAAUCAUCUGUAACCGUAAGUAUAACAGCUUUGCUGAGUUCUGUGAGUCCUUCUAGUGCAUCACUGAAAAUGAGAUUGAUUUUAGGGGACCCCCCCCUACACACACACAAGGGGCAUGCUAUCAAUUGCCGUGUAAUACUAUUAUCACACAUUCAGUGGUUGCAAACAACACAUAUUUAUUCUCUCGCAGCUUCUGUGGGCCAGGAGUCAGGAUACAGCUUAGCUGAGGCCUCUGUUUUGGAGUCUCACAAGCUGCAGUCAGGGUGUGAACUGGGGCCGGGUGACAUCUGAGGCUCCACUGGGGAAGCAUCUGCUUCCAAGCUCACGUGGUUAUCGGCAGGAUUCAGUUCCUUGUGAGUCGUCAGACUGAGGACCCCCCUCAGUUCCUUACUUGGUGGGCCUCUGCAACAUGGCUGCUUACUUCUUCAAAGCCAACAAGGGAGAUCAAGUUUCCUAGCAAGGUGGACAUUAAACCUUAUAUAAUGUAACCACAGGGCCAUAUAAUCACACGUAUGCCAUCACCUUUGCCUUAUUCUAUUGGUUAGAAGCAAGUCACAGGUCCCGCCCACAUUUAAGGGGUUGGGGUUCACAAGGGCAUGAAUACCAGGAGGUGGGGGGGGUCCUUACAGUCUGGCUGGCACAUGGUCUCAUCUCAUACUUGAUUUCCCCUAUUUUUUAGAAUCAUUUUAUUAUAUUAACAGAAUGGACAGAGAAAACUACACAAAACACAUGUGCAGUGUAAGGAAUAAUAAUUAUUAUUAUUA